AUGAAUGAAGCGCGCAUCAGCACUCUAAAUCAACUGUCAUUCAACCUUUCAGAAAUCGACAAACUCUCAUCCACGAAAAAGGUAGAACUUAUCAUAGUCGUUAUCAUGUUUGGCCUCAGCAGCAGCUGGUGUGACCUGGAUGACCUCGGUCUUGCUCAUUACAACGCGGCAGCCACGUUGCUACGCGACCUCGACGGCAAAGAACUACAACUCCCGCUGCAGAACUAUCAGUACUUUGAAGAAUGUUUGACGUAUUGGUGGAUGAUGCUCUCAUUCGCGUGUGACCCCUCUCGGGAAGUCAUUCACGAUCCUCCACGUCUCACUGGAAUGCGAACAACAACAGGAUGUCGAUUUCCUCACCCGCUGACCGGCAUUUCGUCCGAGGUACAGUACCUGCUCGGCAAGGUUGGAUAUCUGGUAUUUUCGCAACGACGCAGAGUCCUUGAUCGUCCAUUGACCACCACGGAUGAACUCUUACAGUCCCUAUCCAAUAUUGAAAAAGCUCGAGGCCUCGAGAGUCAACUACAGACUCUGGAUUUCCCUAGAUCCGAUUCAAUUGCGGACCCCAAGGAUCCUUCGACUCCAGUUACGGACUUGGUCAACAUAGCAAAUGCGUACCGCGUAUGCGGUCUCUUGUUACUCUAUCAUGCGUUCCCCGACCUACUCAGAUCCAAGCUGACAUCUGAAACCCUGGGGCUACCUUCAGAUUCUUGUUAUCCUGACUGGGAAUCAAGGCGACAAUUCCUGGGGUCACUUUCCCUCCACGCUUUGCGUAUCCUUGGAGGAAAUAAUGAGCUUUCUGGCACCCGAACUAUUGAGGCCAUACUACUGGUCAUUAUCUCUGGCGAGUUGGGGUGGGUAACUCCAACCGUCACAACACACCAGGGGCAAAGCGUGCCGGUCGAGCUCGAGGAUGAGCCAAGAAAAAGCUUUUCACCGGAACCGGACCAAGGGGACGGGGACGAUGCGCUCUCGUCAGGCCCAAUGUUGGAAGCAAGAAAUGCUGUCUUGGCUCGGUUUGAGCGCGUAAAGUCUAUCCUUCCAUUCAAAACCAUCAACCGCAUGAAAACACUUGUUUUGAAGACCUGCGAACUGAUGGACCAGGGAAAGGAUGUCUUCUGGGUCGACGUGUUGCUUGACAGCAAGUGGCAAUUUUUAAUGAUCUGA